AUGGAGGGCAUCGACCUCUCCGCCCUUAGCGGGGAAGAGCUACAGCAAAAAGUGGAGGAGAUCGUCCAGCAAAAAGUGCAAGCCGAACUCGAAGCCGACAGGAUAAACGAGGGUGAAGUCACCUACGCCCCACCACCUGCCGGCAACCCGGUCCCACCUACCGGCAGCCAGCCAUCACCCUCCAGCCAGGGUAAAACACCUUCCUUCAACGACCCCAGCAGCGUCGCACACAUCGUGGCGCAAGCGGCCAAGGCGACAGCUGAGGCCAUCGCUGAACAACAGGGCUUUGCCCGCUCAGGCACGUUACGUGGAUACGCUGAUGCGGACUUUGCAAGCAAGGCAGCAGACCGUAGGUCGGUAUCAGGGGGGAUCGUGACGUGUGGAGGAGGCGCUGUGUCUUGGUUUUCCAGAACGCAAAAGUGCGUCACGCUUUCGACGACAGAAGCAGAGUACGUCGCGCUAGGCGACGUAGUGAAGGAGAUUUUGUUUUUGAGGCAGAUUUGGCGUUUCAUGUUGCCGCAGGUCGGCAUGCCGUGCAUCCCCGUCUUCGAGGACAACCAGGGGGCGAUUCAACUAGCGCAGAACCCCAUCUCAAACUCGAACUCGAAGCACAUAGAUGUAAGGCACCAUUUUCUCAGAGAACUGGUAGAGAGGAAGGAAAUUUCGGUCAUUCACGUGCCGUCGCCGUACCAGCGUGCAGACUUCCUUACGAAGAGUUUGUCGAAGGAUGCUUUCGAGUCUCACCGUGAUUUUGUGAUGAAUUUGGCAUGAACAUUUUGUUGUUUUUCUGAUAGGUUGUCUUUUGUUUUUUUUUUGUUUCUCGUUUUGUUUCCCGUUUUCUUUCAUUUCCCGCGCCAAGUAUUUGUUACGCGCGAUGCAGCUUCCUUUGAAUUGUUUUUCUUUCUCUUAUGUUAUUCUGGUAAAGUCUUGGCAUAUCGUCUGGGAAAGACGUCUUUUGGUUGAGAUAUCCGGUACUAUUUCAAAAUUUGCAGUGAAGAUACUGUUGCGAACAGGGGGGAUGUUAGAUAUACUCGCAGCGGUAUCUGGUCGUGAGGAUCCCAGGGGAUACGUGUUGGGAAUUUCGUGUGUAGUAGGGUACCACUGGUGCAGUCACGGGGAUCCGUUUGGCGUGGUUGGUGCGAUGGAGCUUGCGUGCGUGCUGCGCACUUCUUCUUCCCUCUCUCUCUCCACCACCACUCCCGUCUCUCUCCAAUCAAGUUUCCUUCUCCCACUCUCUCUCCAACUCUAUCUCAACCUCUCUCUCUCAGUCUAACACGGCCGACUACCCAGUGCCCCAAGUAACGUCCAGAACGUGCUUGCUGCACCCCGCGUAGUUUACCUUUCAGGAUGUGUGUUGGCGCGCUAAAAUCUGCUUCUUCUGUGGUGGUGAUACCGACGGCCACAUUACACCGGUCGCCCCGGUGGUCUAGUAGGCAGCCUCGCAGCGUGCUAUGGGCCAGGUCAUGGGUUCGAGUCCUGACAGAGUAAGCUGUUCCUCGCUAAUUAAAUCCUGGUCUCCGUUGGAAGCGACGCGCUGCAAAGCUCGUUGUUAUUUUGUUAGUAAACUUGAUCGACUUCGUAAGUCGCGAGGGAAGGGAUUGCUGUACCCUUUUCGCGAUAAAAAUAUCUCAAGGCAGGUAUCGCAGGAGGGUACCGCAGGAGGAGGUCCAACCCCCCCCUCUUUUGUGACCCCGGUUGGGCGUCCAGCUGGCAGAAGUGGAGGAUAGGGGCCAUAGGGGCAGACGACAGAGUCCAAUGAUGGGAGCAAAAAACAAAAAUACGUACAUGCAUCCGCACUUUUUGGCGUACAGUCUCCGCAAAUCUCCGCAAAUUGGAGCGACACCCAGCGUCGUGCUGCUUUUGCUCGCCGUCACUGACCCCAAUCUCCUGAACUGCAUGUUUAUGGAGCCAAUGCCACUAGCUACUGCUGACAACCCUCCGUUCGGGCGUUUGCGGUCCGUAGCAGUGAGCACGACUGACUGUGAAAACGUUUUGGAUUCAUUUGCCUCCGGCUCAGAUUUCGGGGUGUUUUGCGAGGCUGCUUGCACCCACCUACCUCCAAUAUUUCAGCUCCGGGAGCAAACCUGAACAAUGUGCCAGCACUCACGACGCCUCUUUAUGGUGGCCUCCACUGAACUGGUGACAGCGAAUGGAACACAUACCGGCGGGAAGGUUCUCUUUCGCUUCAUGUUGGACGUAGGUUUUGUUUGUCUGCCAUCCUUGUAGGUAGGUCUCGACGCCAAGUACUCUGUACGCUCAGCAGUGGAUAGCGGCGCUGGUGGCUUCUACGAGAAAGCUCUAGCUCUAUCCGAUGACCCGCUUAUCCCCUGUUUCGCAACUAUUUCAUCACCCAAGAUUGCUCACCUCGAGCUGUGACAAAGAUUAGCGACUUCGGCGAAAUGCCACAGUGAAGUGUAGCGAGAGUGAGUGAAAAAACGUAGGACGGGUAGGGGGGCGCAUUCCGUUGAUAGUUUUUUGUUGCUUUUGUACACAUGCCCGCAACUCGCUCCGUCACUGUUUGCCUGUAAGCUAUUUCUUUGUUCAAAGACUUGAUGUCGCAUUUUUCAUUGAAAUACAUCACACAGACAUGCCCAUGCAUGCAGUAUACUCACUCUUGCUUGUACGGACAUCGACGGAUCGCUGGCAAGGAGUAUCUGGUGCAACGCGAACCUGUGAUGUGCAAGUAGGUGGUUAGCGCCGUUGGCUCUUUCAGCGAAAUGCGGUAGGAAGCAAGUGCUUCGUCGGUGGGUAGGCAAGUAGAUGACCAGUGGAAAGUCACAGAAUGUGGCGUCUUGCAGCAGCGGAGGUGGCGGUGCUGCUGUAGCUCGUAGACUUUGUAGUCUACCACAGAGGUUACACUGCUGCUGUCACCGCUCUAACACAGAGGUUGGUCUACACUGCUGUGAGAUCGAUAGGCCCGAGCGAGCUUUGGAAAGAGAAAUGCAGAUAGAUGUUCUUAUCAACUGACUCCCUGGUCAGGCUUUGAUGAGUGCUAGAUGAGAGUGAGCACAAGGGGCGAAGGCGCGCUUGUGUCUCAUCUCAACAACAAAACAAAAACAAAAAAAACAAGCAGCAAAAAACACAGCAGGUUCCGAGGGUCUCCGGGGUAAUGGCCCGAGUACCGGAAUUUCGGGGUUCGGAACAAUAAAACAAGGAAGAGGAAAACUGUUACAACGUAGUCAGGCACAGUUUACCAUAUAUGCGACUGCGGCAACUAGCCUUCCGUAGACAUAAUACAGAAAGAAGAGAUGGUACUCAGCAGAGAACAUGAGCACAGAGUUGUAGCGGUAUAGUAAAGUACAUACAUACAUCUAAACAAGGAGAGGCGUCGUUUAUGGUUUAAUAAAUUGCCCUGCUUUCUUUGCAGGGCUGCCUCCAAUCCGUGGUCCGCUUUGUUUUGAUCCUUCCUUUGAACGGAUUGAUUGGAUUUAGUGCGUGAUAGCGUGACGAAACGAUGUAAAAUAAAUCCUAACGGGAAAAAUGAGAGCGGGGGUGUCUGUUUCUCUGUCGUGGAGUCCUCUCUCUUGUUCAACGGCAAUUAAUUAUACUAGUAUACAUCAUGUCACACAGCGGAUGUAUGUAUGUAUGUAUGUCAUGUAUGUAUGUAUGUAUGUAUGUAUGUAUGUAUGUAUGUAUGUAUGUAUGUAUGUAUGUAUGUAUGUAUGUAUGUAUGUAUGUAUGUAUGUAUGUAUGUAUGUAUGUAUGUAUGUAUGUAUGUAUGUAUGUAUGUAUGUAUGUAUGUAUGUAUGUAUGUAUGUAUGUAUGUAUGUAUGUAUGUAUGUAUGUAUGUAUGUAUGUAUGUAUGUAUGUAUGUAUGUAUGUAUGUAUGUAUGUAUGUAUGUAUGUAUGUAUGUAUGUAUGUAUGUAUGUAUGUAUGUAUGUAUGUAUGUAUGUAUGUAUGUAUGUAUGUAUGUAUGUAUGUAUGUAUGUAUGUAUGUAUGUAUGUAUGUAUGUAUGUAUGUAUGUAUGUAUGUAUGUAUGUAUGUAUGUAUGUAUGUAUGUAUGUAUGUAUGUAUGUAUGUAUGUAUGUAUGUAUGUAUGUAUGUAUGUAUGUAUGUAUGUAUGUAUGUAUGUAUGUAUGUAUGUAUGUAUGUAUGUAUGUAUGUAUGUAUGUAUGUAUGUAUGUAUGUAUGUAUGUAUGUAUGUAUGUAUGUAUGUAUGUAUGUAUGUAUGUAUGUAUGUAUGUAUGUAUGUAUGUAUGUAUGUAUGUAUGUAUGUAUGUAUGUAUGUAUGUAUGUAUGUAUGUAUGUAUGUAUGUAUGUAUGUAUGUAUGUAUGUAUGUAUGUAUGUAUGUAUGUAUGUAUGUAUGUAUGUAUGUAUGUAUGUAUGUAUGUAUGUAUGUAUGUAUGUAUGUAUGUAUGUAUGUAUGUAUGUAUGUAUGUAUGUAUGUAUGUAUGUAUGUAUGUAUGUAUGUAUGUAUGUAUGUAUGUAUGUAUGUAUGUAUGUAUGUAUGUAUGUAUGUAUGUAUGUAUGUAUGUAUGUAUGUAUGUAUGUAUGUAUGUAUGUAUGUAUGUAUGUAUGUAUGUAUGUAUGUAUGUAUGUAUGUAUGUAUGUAUGUAUGUAUGUAUGUAUGUAUGUAUGUAUGUAUGUAUGUAUGUAUGUAUGUAUGUAUGUAUGUAUGUAUGUAUGUAUGUAUGUAUGUAUGUAUGUAUGUAUGUAUGUAUGUAUGUAUGUAUGUAUGUAUGUAUGUAUGUAUGUAUGUAUGUAUGUAUGUAUGUAUGUAUGUAUGUAUGUAUGUAUGUAUGUAUGUAUGUAUGUAUGUAUGUAUGUAUGUAUGUAUGUAUGUAUGUAUGUAUGUAUGUAUGUAUGUAUGUAUGUAUGUAUGUAUGUAUGUAUGUAUGUAUGUAUGUAUGUAUGUAUGUAUGUAUGUAUGUAUGUAUGUAUGUAUGUAUGUAUGUAUGUAUGUAUGUAUGUAUGUAUGUAUGUAUGUAUGUAUGUAUGUAUGUAUGUAUGUAUGUAUGUAUGUAUGUAUGUAUGUAUGUAUGUAUGUAUGUAUGUAUGUAUGUAUGUAUGUAUGUAUGUAUGUAUGUAUGUAUGUAUGUAUGUAUGUAUGUAUGUAUGUAUGUAUGUAUGUAUGUAUGUAUGUAUGUAUGUAUGUAUGUAUGUAUGUAUGUAUGUAUGUAUGUAUGUAUGUAUGUAUGUAUGUAUGUAUGUAUGUAUGUAUGUAUGUAUGUAUGUAUGUAUGUAUGUAUGUAUGUAUGUAUGUAUGUAUGUAUGUAUGUAUGUAUGUAUGUAUGUAUGUAUGUAUGUAUGUAUGUAUGUAUGUAUGUAUGUAUGUAUGUAUGUAUGCAUGUAUGCCUACGCCAGUCAGAAGUAGUUUUGCUAGCGUUUCUUCUCAUGUUUGUGCGCUGGUUAGCCCCUGUGUCUGGUGGUCGUUGCGGAUGACCAAAAGGCAGGGCUGUCCUCGUUAAUUUCUCCGCGGUAAUUUUACCGCAGUAACACCAAGAUAGAUAAUUAAUUGCUGUUUUCCGUGAUCCCGUGAGAAAUGAGAAUUAAUUACCGCUCCCACCCGAAUCGUUUCCUGCGUGAUACAUGGAUUUUACCGUUGACGCCCAAACCGUUUGCAAACGAAUUGAAGGUAGUAGGUGUACCUCAGAAAACUUUCACGUAAUGUCUCAUACUCUACAUGAAUAUCAAACCAAUAUGAAGUACAACAUAUGACUUAUUUGUACUGUCACUUACAUCGUAAAAAUAUCUCCUCUUCAAUUUGAAAUAAUACCAAUGACAAUCAAUCCUCAUGGUAUGCUACAUGCGUUCGUAAGCUUGCUAAAAUACUACUGCGUUGAUGUCCUUGUAAAAGCUGAAAUCCAACAAUUGCUUUGAUCCAUGCUACAUCUCCGUGUUGGAAAAGCACUUUCUUCUCCGUUCAUGAUAACACCUUACCCUAUUCUACGUAAAUCUGUCACAUCUACUCUCAAACAAGACGCCAACUUCAAACGAAAACGCGUUCUACGAUGCGUCUACACUCCAUCCCCAUAUCAUUGGCGUUGACUGGUUCGAGGUCGAUCUUGUUCGCAUGUUAU